UUCAACAUGGCGGCUGCGGUAGUGGCGGUGGCUCCGGUGACGGCCUGGCCCGGGGUGGGCAGCGUAGGGGGUGGUGGCCUUCACUUUCCCUAGGGGCGUCGGGAGCUCAGCGGGGACCGAGCCUGGGAGGCCAGCCGUCGCCAGGACCUUUCGGCUUUGGGGACGGCAGCGGCGCUCAGGUUCUAAAUGGCUUCUAAAAAGUUGGGUGCAGAUUUUCAUGGGACUUUCAGUUACCUUGACGAUGUCCCAUUUAAGAUAGGAGACAAAUUCAAAACACCAGCUAAAGUUGGUCUACCUAUUGGCUUCUCCUUGCCUGAUUGUUUGCAGGUUGUCAGAGAAGUACAGCUCUUGUUACUGCCUGGACCACACUGUUACUAUGACUUCUCCUUGGAAAAGAAAACCAUUGAGUGGGCUGAAGGUAUUAAGAAAAUCCAGGAAACCCAGCAGGAAGCAGAGCGCAAGGCUGAGGAAGCAGAAGUCAGAGUGAAUUCUAAGAGUGGCCCAGAGGGUGACAGCAAAAUGAGCUUCUCCAAGACUCACAGUACAGCCACGAUGCCACCGCCUAUUAACCCCAUCCUCGCCAGCUUACAGCACGACAGCAUCCUCACUCCGACGCGGGUCAGCAGCAGUGCCAUGAAGCAGAAGGCUCUCAGCCCGCCCCACACGAAGGCAGAUUUCAACCCUGCGGACUUCGAAUGUGAGGAAGACCCAUUUGACAAGCUGGAGUUAAAAACUAUUGAUGAGAAGGAGGAGCUGAGAAACAUUCUGGCAGGAACCACUGGGCCCAUCAUGGCUCAGUUACUGGACAACAACUUGCCCAGAGGCAGCUCUGGGUCUGUGUUACAGGAUGAGGAGGUCUUGGCGUCCUUGGAGCGGGCAGCCCUGGAUUUCAAGCCUCUUCAUAAACCCAAUGGCUUUAUAACUUUACCGCAGUUAGGCAACUGUGAAAAGAUGUCGCUGUCUUCCAAAGUGUCCCUUCCUCCUAUCCCUGCAGUAAGCAAUAUCAAAUCUCUGUCCUUCCCCAAACUUGACUCUGAUGACAGCAGUCAGAAGACAGUCAAGCUGGCGAGCACUUUCCAUAGCACAUCCUGCCUCCGCAGCGGCGCGUUCCGAAAUUCCCUAAAGCCUUCUGCCCAAAGCAGUGCCAGCGAGAUCAAUGGGGACCAUGCUCUUGGGCUUGCAGCUUUGAACUUGGAUAGUGGCGCAGAGGUGCCCACUCUGACACCGUCCCACACGCCUUCCCUGUCUGUAUUCUCUGUGUGCACAGAAGAGUCUUCACCUCCAAAUGCAGGUCCCACAGCUGGUCUCAAAUCCGGACUGAAAGCGACCCUCAUACUCAGCCUCCCACGUGUUGGACUGCAUUUCUCAGUCUCCCCUCCGAAUUUCUCAAUGUCACAAGUGCCCAGCGUACCGAGCUGUCCCCAGGCCCAUUCUGAACUGCAGACACUGUCCCCCAGUGAGCGGCAGUGCGUGGAGACGGUGGUCAACAUGGGCUAUUCAUAUGAGUGUGUCCUGAGGGCCAUGAAGAAGAAAGGGGAGAAUAUCGAGCAGAUUCUUGACUAUCUCUUUGCACAUGGACAGCUUUGUGAGAAGGGUUUCGACCCCCUUUUAGUGGAAGAGGCUCUGGAAAUGCACCAGUGUUCAGAAGAAAAGAUGAUGGAGUUUCUUCAGUUAAUGAGCAAAUUUAAGGAAAUGGGCUUUGAACUGAAAGACAUUAAGGAAGCCUUGCUAUUACACAACAAUGACCAGGACAAUGCUUUGGAAGACCUCAUGGCCCGGGCUGGAGCCAGCUGAGACCAGGCCCUGCCUCGGCCGUGCCACGGAACCACCCCGCCCAGGAGGCCCCGGAGAGCGCACCUGUGGGGGGGGGAAGGGGCACGCUUCUGGGUUUUCUUUUGGGGGUCAGGUCAGGUGUGGAGACUGUGCUUGCCAGUCUCUGUGAGCCUCGGUCGUGAGCUGGAGAGAAAGUGGGGAAGAUUGGGGCGUGUGCGUGCCCUGGACCUGCCCUGGCUCCUUCCAUAUUAAAUUUAUUUGUAUUUUGAGAAGUGUCCUUCCCACCUUGGCCCUCUGCAUAGCCAGCCUCGGUCUUUCUGGGGUCUCUGCGUCCUCAGCAGAGACCCCAGAACCUGGCUCGGCUGCCAAGAGGGGCGGGGAGAAAGGGGGGGCCAAAUAGUGCUGCUUGGGGCUAGAAGCUGCCCCUCCCGCCUGCACUGGUGGACUUAAAUCCAAGUGCAAGUGAGAGGUUCUUCCAGGGUUUUCGUUCAUCCCGCCUUUGAACAGUCUUAGUGUUACACUGGUCCGGCAACGCCGGUGAGGCCGAGAACGCACUUUCCCCGCGGGGCUGGGUCUGCCGCCUCUGCCAGGCGGUCCCAUGCUCUCUUGUCCAGCCUGUUUCCUUCGGCGUGGCUGUGACCGCGGUCGUCCGCUGCCAGGGCUUCAGAGCCGUGCUUUGCGAAACCAUUGCCAGUUAGGGUAAUCACGGGCCCCUUCCCCGCACAAGUGACUGGGUGAGAAAGCGGACCACGGCUCAGCCAGCCAGCACUAACCCCCACGGCUCUGAGUCUCCUCCAGCCCUGCUUUAGGACGACACAACACGAGUAACGCGCCUAGGCAUAGAAACCAGUUUCUUUGUUUUAUAUUAUGUUGUAUAUCAUUAAAGAUCUAAAUACAUAGGAUAUACAGUCUUCAUGAAUCUAAAAUAAUUUGCUAACUAUUUUGAUUCUUCAGAGAGAACUAAUAAAAAUCUAAAAGUUA